UUCAUGCAUAUGUAUGUCUAAUGGGUGUGUGGUAAAAGCGUUUUUCUUGUGUUUUAUUUAAGUUGCUAGUGUUUCUUGUCCAUUAGAGUUCUGGUCAUACCUAUGAAAAAAGGGUCUUGUCCCGCCAAGUGUAGAUUUGGGUCACAUAUUGUUACAAACUUAAUCAAAAAAUAGUACUUUGUUAUUAACUACAGAUUAUAAACAUAGUAAUUCGUGCUCAUGUGUUCACUCAUCUUAGAAGCACCACUACAUCCUUUGGAGGAUUCGCGCAUCAGAACAUGCAUAAGGAACAAUUCAAGGCUGCAAGCACUCGGAAUUCCUGCACUAUCGACAUUGUUUGCAGCCAAAACUGUCAUUUCACCUGAAAAAAUAAACCCAAGCAUAGUAGUGAUGAUUCUGAAGCUGAGUACCAUCCUAACGAGGACAAUACCAGUGAAGGAGAGUCAUCCGAUGAUAGUUUAGUAGAUGAAACAGAAGCACUGCAGUCCACACCUGCUGCUAGCUCAAACUCUAAGGGCUGUAAGAAGACUAGUCAGAAAACUAGUAAGAAAAGAUCUGCUGCCAUGCCCCCUGGUGGAGUCAAGCCUCGGCCUCCUAAGAGAGUUCAUGCGGACCUCCCAACUAAUCCACGAGUCACAAGGUCGAAGAAAGCUCUAUUACAAGAUGCUGAUGCAGGUACUCAAAGUGAGGAAAUGUCUGAUCCUAAACAUCAGACUCCAAGUGUCAUCCAUAAGCCAACUGCUUCUAUGGCUUGUGUCCGCCCAGCUGAAGAAAUUGUUCCCAACUUUGAUGACCAUGGUGUUGAAGGUGAUGAUCCUGGACAUUGUGAUGAUGACAACUGGAUUGCCAAUGGAGCUGAUCUCAUUGCCCAUCGUGAUGACGAAAAUGAGAUGGCGAACGAAGCUGGUGGUAGUGCCCAACCAAAUCGGCAAACCCAACCUAACAAUAACUCCGCAGGCAUGUCCACAAUCCUAUGAGGAGCCAAGGGAAAGGGGCCCCAAUUUGGGAAAAGGUCUAGAAAGGAUCACUCGACGCCGGCAGGGCAAACUGCCGCUUGUCAUUCCCGAAGGGAAGUUAAGGCCGGAGGCACCUCUUCUUGCUGCAAAGUUCGCAACUGAAUGCAACGUCACAGUUAGACACCAUAUGCCCGUGUUUAAGCGCUGGAAGGAUUACAAGGACCCAGAUGGACAUGUCCGAGAUGGGAUCUUCAAGAACUUUGUAGGAAAAGUUGGUGCAAGUACAAAGCUCAAGAAAGAGUAUUUUAUCCAUCACCCACUCCAUUUGGUGAGGAGAACGUCUCCUGUCCCCUCGAUGACUGAUGAGCAGUGGAAUGAGCUAGUGGAAAGCUGGAAGGAUCCCAAAAAGAUGGGGAUAUGUGAAACUAACAAAAAUAAUCGAGCUCAAGUUAAGUUUCACCAAACCACUGGCUCGCGUAGCUACCCUGUGCACUGUGAUAAUCUGGGAGACAAAUACAAAGAUAAAGAACCCACUGCAUUGGAUUUGUUCAAGGAGUACCACUACAGCAAGAAAAAGAAAAGCUACACCGGUGUUGUCCAAGCUGCAAUUACCGAGAUGGAAAACAAGGCCUCUCAGCCUACAGAAGAUGGACAGGAAUCGAACUCCGCGACCGAGGCUGUAGCUGAAGUGCUUGCUAAGCAAACUAAGAAGCCAAGGUUUCUUCAGCAUGUGGGGAUCCAGCAUGUCCAUGCGAGAUCUAGCGAUAGCAACUGUCAAGCAGAAUUGGCAAAGAGGGGCAAUGUCGAGCUUCGGGCACUUGUUGGCACCUUGACCAUGCAGUUGAAGGAGUCCGAAGAAGCAAGGACCAGGCAACAUGAGGAGCACAUGAAGAGAGAUGAGGACAACAAGAAGAAGCAAGCUGAGAUGGAUGCAAAACUGGACUUUUUGCUAAGUCAGUUGCAAGCAAGAUCAGCUCAAGGGUAAGUUGUUUGUCCAAGAUCAGCCGUCGUCUCUACUUGAUGCAUGGAAGCUAUCUGAAUGUGAUAUACUACUAGAACCUACCUUCUUAUUUUGUACUGAUUUUGUUGUGCAAACUGCACACUGUUGGAUGCAAAAUGGUUGCAUUUUGCUGCUCCAUUGUUGGUGGAUUUGGAGAUGUAAGCUCAAUGUUACUGUGCUUUGUGAUGUUGUUCUUCUUUUAUGUAUUUGUGCUGGAUCUGGAGAUGUAAGCUCUUAGGCCUGGAAACCCAUUUUGUGUAGAAACAAAGAAGGGCUGGGUUGGAUAGAGUUAACACUAAUGGGCCGAAUAAAGUGGGCCUCGAAACACACUUUCUGGCUAAAAAAAAUACAGGUGCCGUAUAAUUUUAAUGGGCUGAUGUGCA